UGCAAUGAGGUGUUUGCUUUUUAUUUUCUCCUGCGGCCUUGUGCUCGCUUCCGCGCUUAAUCUGCCAGGAAUUCCAGUCGAUUUCGACUUGGACGAUAAAAUUCUUUCCGCAAUUUCCGACGAUGUUGCUCAGCGUCUUGAGCAGGAGUACAUAACGUUCUUCAAGACAGGAGUCGAAACACCUGCAUUCAAGCAACUGACCACCCAGUUGGCCAAGGCUCACAGCAAAAAGGAUAUAUUCACCAAAAAUUUGCCUGAUCUCGAGACGCGUGAUUCGUUCGUGGUCUGCACUUUGUGCCGCUCCAUUGUCAAUGUUUUCAUAAGCACCGUGCGUGACGAGGAUGGCGAAUUGAAUGGCGAGAACAGCGCUGUGCUGAUGAAGACAAUCGCCAUGGAUGUGUGCCGUCGCCUGGAACUGCAAACCGAGGAGGUCUGCGAGGGUAUCAUCACAUCUGAGCUGCCUACAGUGGAUUUCAUAUUGCGCAACUCGGUAAUGGAUUCGCACAGCUUCUGCUCACUGUUCUUGGGCAUCACUUUCUGCGACACAGCCAAGGCUCCCAACUACAACUGGACCAUGACGGUGGACAACAAUGGGGAAGCCAUGACCGGCUCCAAGUCGGACACGCCCAAACACAGCGACAGUGAUUUUAAGAUCUGUCAAUUCACCGACAUUCACCACGAUCCACUCUAUGAACCCGGAUCUCUUGCCACCUGUGAUGAACCCAUGUGUUGCCAGAAGGUGCAGAGUGGUGUGGAGGGCACUAGUGAUGCAGCUGGCUACUGGGGCGACUAUCGUGAUUGUGAUUUACCCUGGAGAUCUUUUGAAUCCGCACUCGAUCACGCAGUAAAGACUGAAGAGUGCACUUACAUCUACCAAACGGGUGACGUUGUUGACCACAUGGUCUGGGGCACAUCGGUGGCCAAGAAUCGUGAAGUGCUGAGCAAGGUGUCGGAUCAAUUCGCCAAGGUAUUCCCUAAUGUCAACGUGUAUCCCUGCAUUGGCAAUCACGAACCACAUCCACUCAAUAACUUCAGUCCCGAAGAUGUGCCGGAUGAGGUGAAUACUAGGUGGCUGUAUGAGCACUUGUACGAAGACUGGUCCAGGUGGCUGCCUGUUGAGACCAAGGAGACUAUUCUCAAGGGUGGCUACUACACCGUGUCGCCCCAGACAGGUUUCCGCAUCAUUGCCCUCAACAGCAAUGGCUGCUACACGGACAACUUUUGGCUGUAUCACAAUGGCACCGAUAAAAUACCCCAACUGGAAUGGUUCCACGACGUUUUGCUGGCCGCCGAAGCUGCCGGCGAGAAGGUCCAUGUCCUCACCCACAUUCCCUCGGGAGAUGGCACCUGCUGGGCUGUCUGGGCCAGGGCAUACAACCGUAUCAUCACACGCUUCCACAAGACCAUCAGUGGCAUUUUCAAUGGUCACUCGCACAAGGAUGAGCUAGCUGUGCACUAUUCGGAGGAGGGACAUGCCACUGCUGUGGCCUGGAAUGGUGGUGCCUUGACCUCAUACAGCUACAAGAAUCCCAACUACCGUGUGUACGAUGUGGAGCCAGCCACGUUCCAAGUGACCAAUCAUCGCACCUACAUCUUUGAUUUGAAUCAAGCAAACAAGCAGCCCGAGCAGGAGCCCACUUGGUUCUUGGAGUACGAGUUCAUCAAAGAGUUCACUGAUGACUUGAGUCCUGCGGGCAUCGACAAGUUGUUGGACGACUUUGCCGACAAUCCCGAACUGAUGCGCAAGUACUGGCGCUUCAGGGUCACCUCUGCGGAGCCACAAGUCUCCGGUGGCUGUGAUCGCAAUUGUCUGGCGGGUUCCUUGUGUCGUGCUGCCACCACAGUCAAUGAUCAGACGUCGCGUUGCCAGGAGUUACGUGAACGACUAUUUGCAGCUCUGGACACUGACCCCGAGCCUGAGCCAGAACCGGAGCCUGAACCAGAGCCUGAACCUGAACCCGAGCCAGAGAAUCCUGAUGGUGAUGGAGCCGCUGCUCUGAGUGUCCUGAGCAUUACUUCCCUCAUCGCUCUGGUGGUCUCUGUGAGAAUUGGAUUCUAGACACUCUUAACUGUAUAUACUUACUUUAAUGUUAACUUAUAUAAUCGCAAAUUCCAUUUCAUUUGUCAACAGCACGAUUAAGUGCCAAAAAAGAAAUUCAAAAUACAUUUAUCUGUAAGUACCUAAUACAAUUGUUUC